AAUACCAUUUUUAUGAUUCCAUCCCAAAAUCCUAUCCUGAUAUCAUUCACUUGCCAAUUAUAUCCACAUCAAAGAAUUUAUUAUUAUAAAAACCACAAAAAAAAAGGCAAUUUUUUUUUUUUAAAAAAGAAUUGUUAAACUGAUUGAAACUAUACAUGCAAAGGUGUGAAGAUUUGGCUGAAUGAUUAGAUAUAUAGAUGUCAAUGCAUGGAUAGGUAGAUCCAUUUUGCUUUUGACUUUCUUUCUGUAAAAUAGUUUGUUCCAAGUUAGGACACGCAAUUUCAGAGGCCUGCAAUCACGCUCCUUUCUCCACGUCACCACUUUUCUUUUGCUUCUUGUCAAGUGCUGCUUGGUGUCAAGAGAUGAUUCAAUUAUUGGGUUAAUGAAAAAAAGUGGAUUGAAAAUAUUCAGAAUUUUGGACUCUCUCAUCUGGGCUGUGUUCUUUCUUUCUUUUUUUUUUUUUUUCUUUUUUCUUUUAACAGUUACUUGUGCAGUUUGCCACUGUUCAAUUUCUUGGAUUCGUGCCUUCUUUGAUGGUUUAUCAAGUAAAUGGGCUCGAUUCUUCAUCUGGGUAUUCAGUUUUUUGGGUAAAGUCAUUUAUGGAUACUAGGAAACUAUAAUUGCGGCACUGAUAUAGAGACAAGAUACAUUAGCUCCAAUAAUAAUCAAAAUAAGAGAAAAUGGCCCCUGGAGGUAUAAUCUGCAAGGAGAUGAUUGAGUCACGUAUUGCAUUUGCAGAUUGUGAGGCGACAACUUCCACUUCCGAGUUUCGAGGUUCCCCAUUCAGAAAAGCUGUAACUCGCUUAGGUGGAAAUCUAGGAACAUCAUCAAGUAGUGAUGUGCAGGACAUGCUUGAAUGCCCUGUCUGCCUGAAUUUAAUGUAUCCUCCAAUUUACCAGUGUCCCAAUGGUCAUACUCUAUGCUCAUGCUGCAAGGCAAGGGUACAUAACUCUUGCCCCACUUGCCGUGGAGAGCUGGGAAAUAUAAGGUGCUUGGCUUUGGAGAAAGUUGCGGAGUCACUAGAACUCCCAUGCAAGUACCAGAUUAUGGGUUGCCCUGAUAUAUUUCCAUACUAUAGCAAGCUAAAGCAUGAAAAGAACUGCAAAUGGCGUCCGUACAGCUGCCCAUAUGCUGGAGCUGAAUGUUCUGUCACUGGUGAUAUUCCUCUCCUUGUAAUGCAUCUCAAGAAUGAUCACAAGGUUGACAUGCAUGAUGGGUGCUCCUUCAAUCACAGAUAUGUCAAGUCCAAUCCACAUGAAAUUGAUAAUGCUACAUGGAUGUUGACUGUUUUCAAUUGCUUUGGCAGACAAUUCUGUUUGCACUUUGAGGCUUUCCAACUAGGAACUGCUCCUGUUUACAUGGCUUUUCUGAGAUUCAUGGGCAGUGAAGACGAGGCAAGGCAAUUUAGUUACAGUUUGGAAGUCGGCGGUAAUGGCAGAAAGCUUACAUGGCAUGGAAUUCCGAGGAGCAUUCGCGAUAGCCAUAAGAAAGUUAGAGAUAGCCAAGAUGGAUUAAUAAUCCAGAGGAACAUGGCACUUUUCUUCUCCGGCGGCGACCAGCAGGAACUGAAGCUGAAAGUGGCCGGACGCAUCUGGAAAGAACAGUAAAAUAUACAGCCUGCAAACAACUUUCUUGAAAGAUAUCUCUGCUCAGAAAAUAAAUUGAUGUCAAAGAACUGUAUGUCCUAUGUAAAUAAGUUGCUUCAAUUGCUUGCUUUUAGCUUUCUUCCAAAAAUAAAAGUAAAAGAAUUAGUUUUAGCAAAA